GUAACGGCUACUUCUCUCUUUUCUCCUCUAUAAAUUCAACACAACGAGCCCUUGUAAAAAAUCAUCUCACUCUCGCUUUCUCCCAAAAUCUUCAGACUUAUACAUCCACCAAUUUCAAGCUUCUUCUCUCUCAGUUCCAUGGCUUCUUUUUCAACCACUCUAGCGUCUUCUAUGAUGCUCACACUUCUUCUCCUCAGCUUCUGUGAAGCUAAAGAUAUCGUGGUUGGUGGCAAAACAGAUGCAUGGAAAGUCCCUUCUUCAGAAUCGGAUUCUCUUAAUCACUGGGCUGAGAGUUCCCGUUUCCGAAUCGGAGAUUCUCUUGUGUGGAAAUAUGAUGCUCAGAAAGACUCGGUGUUGCAAGUGAACAAGGAAGCUUAUGUUAACUGCAACACUACAAACCCAAUUGCAGAACACAAGGAUGGAAACACCAAGGUGGCGCUGGACCGAUCUGGGCCCUUCUACUUCAUCAGUGGAGUGAAGGGGAACUGUGAGAAAGGUGAGAAGUUGGUUGUGGUGGUUCUGUCUACAAGGCACAGGCUCAUUUCUCCAGCACCUUCUCCAAUGGAGUUUGAGGGUGGUCCGGCUGUUGCUCCAACAAGCGGUGCUUCAAGCUUGAAGGGUGGUUUGUUGGUUGUAUUAGCUGUUCUAGCUUGGGGGUUGUUUUAAUUGAAAUGGCCGGCUUCGAUGUUGAACAGAUUAGGAGAGUUUUGUUUAUUUGUUUGGGGGAAUCAAAUUAUUUCAUUCAUUUUUUUUUUCUUGGUUAUAUGAUGUUAGUCCUUGGCUGAGAUUUAUAGUAAUAUAUUAAAUUCAGAGUGCCAAUCUUUUUC